AUGAUGGAGGGUCUUUCUGAUAGUGACCUGUCCUGGUUAGAGAAUUACAUAAAGUCACAACAAAAUGACAGUUUGUCUACCAAAAAUAAAGAAAGGAAGCUUGAUAUUCCGUUUGGACUAAAUUUUCAGGAGUUUCACAAUACUGAAAUAUCUCUGCCGAUCUAUGGGUACGUUACACCUGUGUUAUGUGUGAUUGUGUUAAUAACCAAUAUUCUUUUUGUGACCGUCUUUGCCAAACUGAAAAUGAACUCCCCGACUCACUUCGUGCUUCGCUGUAUGGCUGUUGUUGAUACCCUGACUAUUGUUUUGCCUACACCAACAUAUAUCUAUGUAUACACCAUGAAGAACUAUCAAGAAUUCAUUCCCUUUGAGGUUUGCUAUGUUUGGGAGUAUAUGACCGUUUAUCUUCCGACGAUCACGCAUACAGCCUCGAUUUGGUUGACAACACUUCUGGCGGUACAAAGAUACAUCUGUGUAUCGUACCCUCUCAAUGUCAGAUUAUGGUGCGGCAUCAAGAGAACUUAUUUCUUUGUUAUCUUUAUUUUCAUACUGGCUACUGGCUGCCACCUGAGCAGAUUUUUUGAAUACCAAUUUAUCAAAACCAAGGUCCCAUCUCUUUUGGAUCCCAAUAAAGAAGUAACCACAUGUUUUCGGUCACCCUCGGACUUUGUCCAUGGUGUGUAUGUCGUUGCCUAUUCGUGGGUUAGAGCAGUUGCUGUGAACAUUGUUCCAUGUUUGGCAAUGAUUGUCUUCAGCACAAUUAUGUUAGUGAGGAUUCGUGUGGCAGAGAAACGCAGACGCACGAUUCGGCGCAGAAGCACUUUUGGUUCCGGUGAAAACGAACCACGUGACAGUCGGAUCACCACAUGGUUGGUUAUUUUGAUUGUAAACAGCGUAUGUAUUGUAGAGAUGCCCAUUGCAGCCUUUUACGUGAUGGUGGCUACGAACCUAACCAGGGGAGAAAACCCGAUCUCGGAGAAUUCUCACACGAUCGAGAUUAUUCUGAAUUUGCUCGUACAAGUUUCCUAUCCGAUACAUUUCGUGUUGUAUUGUACCAUGAGUGAAGGGUUCCGCUUUGCUCUUGUUGGAAUGUUUGUCAAGACGUGGAGAAAGUUUCAGCAGAUUAUUGGUAACAGUGAUGAAAACAAUGGACGAACCUCUAGGUCAAUAUCUGUUGUGUCCUCUGACACUAGAAGUGUGAUUUUUAAUACAAUCUGA